UUCUGCUGGACGUGACGGGAGGACCCUAAAGGGACGAGCAGGGGAGAGCAAGCGGACUGCUGGACUGACUGAGCUCGCGGGAUGAGCUCCAGGCACCUCGCCUUUUCUGUUGGCUUGCUUCUGCCUGGUCUGGGCUCCCAGAUGCCUCCAUGCACCUGUGCGCCCCACAGGCUCUGAGCUUGUGUAACUAUUUCGAGAGUCAGAAUGUGGAUUUUCGAGGCAAGAAAGUGAUCGAACUGGGCGCUGGGACGGGCAUCGUGGGAAUCUUGGCUGCGCUGCAGGGUGGCAGCAUCCUCGCUCGACACGUUCCGGGAGGAGUUUUGGUCCUCGCGCCACGCCGUAGGCCGGGCGUCUCACCUGUGCGCCGGCGCGCGGGCGUGUCCAGGCUGCUAGAAAGGAUGUCGCUGCUGCGGUCGCUGCGUUUCUUCCCGGUCGCGUGCACCGGCCUCUCGGCGAGGUCCGUCCUGCUUCAGUCGUCCCAGCCAUGGCACACGUUUCACGCGGGCCCCUCGUUGGCAUCUGCCUCCAGCAAGGAGCUCCUUAUGAAGUUGCGGCGGAAAACAGGCUACUCCUUCGUCAACUGCAAGAAAGCUCUGGAGACUUGUGGCGGUGACCUCAAACAGGCAGAGGCCUGGCUGCACAAGCAGGCCCAGAAGGAAGGCUGGAGCAAAGCAGCCAAGCUCUAUGGGAGGAAGGCCAAAGAAGGCUUGAUUGGACUGCUGCAAGAGGGAAACACAGCCGUGCUAGUAGAGGUAAACUGUGAGACGGAUUUUGUCUCUAGAAAUUUAAAGUUUCAGCAGUUGGUCCAGCAAGUCGCCCUGGGGACCCUGUCUCACUGUCAGAGCCUGCAGGAUCAGCUGUCCACCUACACCAAGGGCUUCCUGAACUCCUCUGAGCUUUCUGAACUUGCAGCUGGGCCCGGCACAGAAGGCACUCUCAAGGACCACUUGGCCUUAGCGAUUGGGAAACUGGGAGAAAACAUGAUUCUUAAGCGAGCUGCCUGGGUGAAGGUGCCGUCUGGGUUCUAUGUUGGCUCUUAUGUGCACGGAGUGACCCAGAGCCCCUCCCUCCACAACCUGGUCCUGGGGAAGUAUGCGGCCCUGGUCGUCUGCGAGACCUGUGAGCAGAGCGCAAACCUGCAGGAUGUGGGCCGUCGCCUGGGGCAGCAUGUGGUGGGCAUGGCCCCUCUCUCGGUUGGCUCCCUGGACGAUGAGCCUGGAGGAGAGACUGAGACCAGAAUGCUGUCCCAGCCGUACCUGCUGGACCCUUCCAUCACGCUGGGGCAGUACGUGCAGCCCCAGGGCGUGUCUGUAGUGGACUUCGUGCGUUUUGAAUGUGGAGAAGUGGAAGAGGCAGCAGAGGCCGAAUAGGUUUUGGCCCAGGUGGAAAUAAUUUAUUUUUAGAUCUGGAUUUCCUUAUUAAAAAUUAUUUUCUAAACCUCU